GUGAUUUCGCAACUUUGGGAUAUCUUUGGCAACCUCCCUCGUUGCCCAUAUCUUCUGUGGUUUCCGUUCGGAUUUGUUCUCUCAUUUGGAUGGUCGAGGAACUGUAAUUCAAGAUGCAAAUUUUCGUUAAGACCCUUACUGGGAAGACCAUUACUUUGGAGGUAGAAGCCUCUGACACAAUUGAAAAUGUAAAGGCGAAGAUUCAAGAUAAGGAAGGUAUUCCUCCAGAUCAGCAAAGAUUGAUAUUUGCUGGCAAACAGUUGGAAGAUGGGAGGACACUCUCAGAUUACAACAUUCAAAAGGAAUCCACUUUACACUUGGUGCUUCGUCUUCGUGGGGGUUUGCAAGUUUUUGUGAAGACGCUAAAUGGAAGAACCAUUACACUUGACCUGAGUGAUUCAGACACGAUAGAAGGUGUGAAAACAAAGAUCCAGUACAAGGAUGGUGUACCUCUGGAUCAACUGAGGCUGCUGUUUGGGGGAAGAGAACUGGAGGAAGGUUCUACAUUGUCGGACUAUAAUAUUCAGAAUGAGUCGACCCUGCACAUGGUGUUGCGCCUGCGAGGCGGCGUGAUCGAACCCUCGCUGCGGCUACUGGCGCAGAAGUACAACUGCGACAAGCUCAUCUGCCGCAAGUGCUACGCGCGCCUCCACCCCAGGGCUACCAACUGCCGCAACAGGAUGUGCGGCCACAACGCCGACCUCCGCCCCAAGAAGAAGCUCAAGGCCUGA